AAAUUGAGUUUCGCUAUUGCCUAUCUGUCUGGGGCUAUAUGAACGAUGGCGUCAGAUAAGUAUAUGCGUGCAUCGAGUUUUGAUAUCUGGGUCUGAAGAGCAUUUGAUCUGAUGCUCACGCUUGCUCUCUGUGAACCAUCAUCCUCAAAUUUUGCAGCAGAGUAGAAUUUGAAUGCAGGUGGAUUUUAUGGAUCCAUAUUCAUCUGUUUCUGCUGUUCUGAGCAACGUUGACCUUCUGUACGAGAUAUUCGGGCGCUUCUAUCUCAAGACACCCUUGGUACCACCCUCCAGACGUGAGCACCUCUGCUACGAGGAUGACGCCCUUCGUGCUCAUGCUCUUGCAAACCUUGCAAGAGUUUGCAGAACAUUUCGCGACCCAGCAUUGGACAUCUUAUGGAACCAACAGGAUAAUCUGAGUGCAACAUUAGCACUCCUACCACAAGCUGGUCUAUCUAUCUCCGACGCCGAAUUGACACGCUUCGAAACCUACACUAAACGUGUCAGGUAUCUUCGUCUUGAUGAUCUUCCUGAACCAUCUGUCCUGAAUAUGGUAGCUCGCCUUCGCAACGGUCAACCACUCUUUCCAUCUCUACGUACAUUAGAAAUGUACGAGAUUUGGCCACUCACACCGACCGAAGGCGCACUUCUCUUCUGUUCAACCCUCCGAGACAUCCGCUUAUGGGGACGUCAAUUGCAACCAAGCCUUCGAUGUGGCCCAUUGACGCCGCGACAGCAGAUCGAUUUGUGUCUCCAGUUACUCAGCACACGAUCACCAGACCUUCGAGCGCUUUCUUUGGAGUACCAUUACAUUCCUGCUUCCAGACAUAUAUCUGCGCUUGAUCCCGUCCUCAUGCUCCGUAAUUUUCAGGAUAUCACUCCUACGAUCAAGCGUGAUCCAUUCUCCAGAGAAAUGCCAUCCGUUUGGCUGCAGAAACUGUCUGUGUUGGAGCAUCUCGAUCGUCUCGCUCUCAGCGAGGGGCCAUUUGUCAUGCACAAUACGCCGUGUUUCUUGCCAAAUGCUUUUUCUGCUCUCCGCCAUCUCAGAGUGGCUGGCCAGAGCAAAACAUGGUCACAGUUCUUCAGUCGUAUCUUCCCCCUUUGCCUAAUCGACAUAUCCUUCCUUGAUACACAGUUUUGGCUCACUGAGGAGGAUCAACAUGAUAUUUAUCAAUGCAUGGAAGCCAUAGCCAGACAUCGAAUGCUCGAAAGGGUUAAGGUCACUAACUCGAGUUUCUCCCACCACGAUAAUCCCGAUAAUGCCAUACCCAUGUGGAUGAUUGUCAAACCUUUAUUAGCACUUCAUCAGCUGAGGGAGCUGACCAUAAUUUCAAAUAAAUAUGUAACCCUCACUGAUGAUGAGGUGAGCUGUAUGGCUACAGCGUGGCCGGGCCUCGAAUCUCUAGACCUUUACCAGAAUAGAUGGGUUUCCCUUUGUCCAACCGUCACAUCCCUUAUGGGCCUUGCUUCGCAUUGCCCUCAGUUGAAGGAUCUCAGGUUGGUGGUCGAUUUCGCCAACCUUCCCAACGUACAAGCAGUACGCUGUAUGAGCCAUCGCCUAGAAUUUUUGGUAUGCCGUCGACGUGACCGUUCUCAACGUAUCGACGAGGAGAAUGCGGAAAAAGCGGCAGCCGUUGUGGAUCGUAUCUUCCGGUUCGCCAACAAAGUGCUGCCCUGGUAGGGAAAGGUCAGCAGCAGCGAAUAUGGACUCUUGUCAUGACCAAAGCGAAAGCUCUGCAAGCUGCUAGGAAGCUGUGGCCAGAGAGUCGAUGAAUACGCAUCCUUGUUGACGCAGUCACCCGAAUGACGGCAAGAACGUAUGCAGUUUUCAUAUCGACAUACAUGCAUUUCCAGAUCCAUCGUUGGCACGAGCUGAUACCCAGGAGUAAUCGGAGAAUAGUAGGGAACCAUGAAAGAUUUGCGCGACUGGACUCUAAAGGUAGAGGUUUUCAGAGCAGUGUUCAUAUGGACCAUGUUCCUUGCGUGUUGAAAAGUUUGCUCUUGAUUUUCUUGUUUCGGUUGGUCAUACAUCUGCUACACUUUGAUCUCGACUUCUCGUCUAUUCAAAAUCUUGCACAGUCCAACAGAACGAUGGCCAGAUUUACUAUGUAUUUAGUUAAAGAAGUACACAUAUGAAUUAUCGUCAC